GUGACUAGUCAGAGUGGUGAUUCGAAACUGAGCUCAUCACUACUGCAGAGAUGCUACCGUCAGCAAAAGGUAAGUUUGAACUCACCCCCUUGUGUGAUAAGUGUUUUGUUGCGCGGAUCUUAAUAGUUUUUCUUUGUAGCCCGAGAAUGGCAACAGCUUCAGUCGAAAAAGUUCUCAGAAAAGCGCAAGUUUGGCUUCGUGGAAACGCAGAAAGAUGAAAUGCCACCAGAGCACGUUCGCAAAAUCAUCAGAGAUCAUGGAGAUAUGACUAACAGAAAGUUCCGGCAUGAUAAGCGCGUGUACCUUGGUGCGUUGAAAUACAUGCCACACGCAGUACUGAAACUUCUGGAAAAUAUGCCGAUGCCAUGGGAGCAGAUUCGUGAUGUCAAAGUAUUAUAUCACAUCACGGGUGCAAUUACCUUUGUCAAUGAAAUUCCAUGGGUUGUGGAGCCGAUUUACGUCGCCCAGUGGGGAAGCAUGUGGAUCAUGAUGCGUCGAGAAAAGAGAGAUCGGCGACAUUUCAAACGUAUGAGGUUCCCACCGUUUGACGACGAAGAGCCACCUCUCGACUAUGCUGAUAAUAUACUUGAUGUGGAACCACUGGAACCAAUACAACUGGAAUUAGACACAGAAGAAGAUGCUGCAAUCAUCGAGUGGUUUUAUGACAGAAACCCUUUAGCAGACUCUAAGCAUAUCAACGGCAUAACAUACCGACGAUGGAACCUGCCACUAAACAUUAUGUCCAAUCUUUAUCGUCUGGCUAAUGCUCUACUAACAGAUCUUGUUGAUGAAAAUUAUUUUUAUCUGUUCGACCUCAAGUCAUUCUUCACAGCUAAGGCAUUGAAUGUCGCCCUUCCUGGAGGUCCUAAGUUUGAACCAUUGGUUAAGGACAAAACUUUAGAGGAUGAGGAUUGGAAUGAAUUCAACGAUAUUAACAAGAUUAUAAUUCGUCAACCUAUUCGUACUGAAUAUCGAAUAGCGUUUCCAUAUCUGUAUAACAGUUAUCCUUUUCAAGUUCAUUUAUCCUGGUAUCAUACUCCUAACGUUCUUUUCAUUAAAACUGAAGAUCCUGACCUCCCAGCAUUUUACUUUGACCCUCUAAUUAACCCCAUAUCCCAGAGACAGGGUGUGAAGGCCCCAGAGUUGCAACCAGUUGAUGAUGAAUCAUACGAACUCCCGGAAGAAGUCCGACCAUUCUUCAGUGAAACCCCUUUGUAUACUGACAAUACAGCUAAUGGAAUAGCUCUUUUAUGGGCUCCAAGGCCGUUUUGUUUAAGAUCAGGAUCUACCAGACGAGCCCUUGACAUUCCUCUUGUUAAAGCCUGGUACAGGGAACACUGUCCUGCAGGUAUGCCCGUAAAGGUUCGUGUUUCUUACCAAAAAUUGUUGAAAUACUUCGUUCUAAAUGCUCUACACCAUCGUCGUCCAAAACCUCAGAAGAAGCGUUACUUGUUUCGUUCUUUCAAGGCCACUAAAUUCUUUCAAAUCACCAGUUUGGAUUGGGUUGAAGUUGGACUUCAGGUUUGUCGUCAGGGUUACAACAUGCUCAACCUUCUUAUUCAUCGGAAAAAUCUCAACUACUUACAUCUGGAUUAUAACUUCAACUUGAAGCCAGUGAAAACUUUAACUACGAAAGAAAGAAAGAAAUCUCGAUUUGGUAAUGCCUUUCAUCUUUGCCGAGAAAUACUGCGUCUAACAAAGCUUGUUGUGGAUAGUCAUGUUCAGUACCGUCUGGGUAACGUCGACGCAUUCCAGUUGGCAGAUGGACUUCAGUACAUAUUUUCACAUGUCGGACAAUUAACGGGAAUGUACCGUUACAAAUACAAGCUUAUGCGCCAAAUCAGAAUGUGUAAAGACCUCAAACACGUAAUAUACUACCGUUUCAACACUGGACCAGUUGGUAAAGGACCAGGUGUGGGAUUUUGGGCACCAGGUUGGAGGGUGUGGCUGUUUUUCAUGCGUGGCAUAACCCCAUUACUCGAACGUUGGUUGGGAAAUCUUUUAUCGCGGCAAUUUGAAGGAAGACAUUCUAAAGGCGUUGCUAAAACAGUUACCAAACAAAGAGUCGAGUCUCACUAUGAUUUGGAAUUACGUGCCGCUGUUAUGCAUGAUAUACUGGACAUGAUGCCAGAAGGUAUUAAGCAGAACAAGGCUAGGACCAUUUUGCAGCACCUAGGGGAGGCCUGGCGUUGCUGGAAAGCCAAUAUUCCGUGGAAAGUCCCAAAUAUGCCUAUUCCUAUUGAGAAUAUGAUUUUACGUUAUGUCAAAGCGAAAGCUGAUUGGUGGACUAAUACAGCCCACUAUAAUCGGGAACGUAUACGGCGUGGUGCAACAGUUGAUAAAACUGUUUGUAAAAAGAAUCUAGGUCGCUUGACUAGACUUUAUCUCAAAGCAGAACAAGAACGACAACACAACUAUCUAAAGGAUGGUCCUUAUGUAACUGCCGAAGAGGCUGUCGCUAUUUACACAACAACUGUGCAUUGGUUGGAAAGUCGGCGUUUUUCACCUAUUCCAUUCCCACCGCUGAGUUACAAACACGAUACUAAACUACUCAUCCUCGCUCUAGAACGUCUUCGAGAAUCAUAUAGUGUGAAAAAUAGGUUGAAUCAGUCUCAGCGUGAAGAACUUGGUCUAAUUGAACAAGCCUACGAUAACCCACAUGAAGCUCUCAGUCGUAUCAAACGUCAUUUACUCACCCAGAGGGCUUUUAAAGAAGUUGGGAUUGAAUUCAUGGAUCUUUACAGCCAUUUGGUACCUGUUUAUGAUGUUGAGCCUUUGGAAAAAAUAACGGAUGCUUAUUUGGAUCAAUAUUUAUGGUAUGAAGCGGACAAACGUCGUCUGUUCCCUCCUUGGAUUAAGCCGGCUGAUUUGGAACCCCCACCCUUACUAGUUUACAAAUGGUGUCAGGGUAUCAAUAAUCUAAAGGAUGUCUGGGAAACUGGUGAAGGUGAAUGUAACGUCUUACUAGAGACAAAAUUCGAAAAAGUUUACGAAAAGAUAGAUCUAACGCUGCUUAAUCGUCUCUUGAGAUUGAUUGUUGAUCACAAUAUUGCGGAUUAUAUGACAGCGAAAAAUAACGUUGUGAUAAAUUACAAAGACAUGAACCAUACAAACAGUUACGGAAUUAUUCGAGGUCUGCAGUUCUCAUCUUUCAUCACACAGUACUAUGGUCUUGUCCUUGACUUGCUAGUUUUGGGUCUGGAGCGUGCAGCUGAAAUGUGUGGACCUCCACAAAUGCCAAAUGACUUUCUGCAAUUUCAGGAUACUGCCACGGAAAUUGCACAUCCCAUCCGAUUGUAUUGUCGUUACGUGGAUCGCUUUUGGAUGUUCUUCCGUUUUUCAGCGGACGAAGCGCGUGACCUUAUCCAACGUUAUUUAACAGAACAUCCAGACCCAAACAAUGAAAAUAUUGUGGGUUAUAACAACAAAAAGUGCUGGCCACGUGAUAGCAGAAUGAGGCUAAUGAAACACGACGUAAAUCUCGGACGUGCCGUCUUUUGGGACAUCAAAAACCGUCUACCAAGAUCUGUCACAACAGUUGAUUGGGAUAGCAGCUUCGUUUCAGUUUAUAGCAAAGACAAUCCGAAUCUGUUGUUUGCUAUGUGUGGGUUCGAAUGUCGUAUUCUACCAUCUUGUCGUUCACCUGGUCAAGCUGCAGAUGCAAAUCUUCCAAGUGGUGUUUGGCAUCUACAAAACGAGGUGACCAAAGAACGUACUGCACAGUGUUUCCUCCGUGUUGAUGAUGAAUCAAUGCAGCGGUUCCACAAUCGAGUCAGACAAAUUUUGAUGGCUUCAGGAUCGACAACAUUUACAAAAAUAGUGAAUAAAUGGAACACUGCUCUCAUUGGUUUAAUGACCUACUACCGAGAAGCAGCAGUGAGUACUGUGGCACUAUUAGAUUUGCUGGUAAAAUGCGAAAACAAAAUACAAACACGUAUCAAAAUUGGAUUAAAUUCAAAAAUGCCGGCUCGUUUUCCUCCAGUAGUAUUUUAUACACCAAAGGAACUUGGUGGCUUAGGUAUGCUUAGUAUGGGACAUGUUCUAAUUCCUCAGUCCGAUUUACGAUGGUCGAAACAAACUGAUGUGGGUAUAACACAUUUUCGUUCUGGCAUGAGUCAUGAUGAGGAUCAGGUUAUUCCUAAUUUGUUUUCAUAUAUUUUAUCAUGGGAAACAGAGUUCCGUGACUCACAGAGUGUUUGGGCGGAGUAUGCACUAAAACGACAGGAAGCGAAUGCUCAGAAUCGGCGCUUAACAUUAGAGGAUCUUGAAGACAGCUGGGAUCGAGGUAUUCCGCGAAUCAAUACUCUCUUCCAAAAAGAUAGACAUACACUGGCGUAUGAUAAAGGAUGGCGCGUGCGUACGGAGUUUAAACAAUAUCAAGUUCUCAAACAAAAUCCAUUUUGGUGGACGCAUCAGAGACAUGAUGGAAAAUUGUGGAAUUUGAAUAACUACCGUACUGACAUGAUCCAGGCAUUAGGUGGUGUCGAAGGCAUUCUGGAACACACAUUAUUCAAAGGAACAUAUUUUCCUACUUGGGAGGGUCUUUUUUGGGAGAAAGCCAGUGGUUUUGAAGAGUCAAUGAAGUAUAAAAAGCUAACUAAUGCACAACGGUCGGGUUUGAAUCAAAUACCUAAUCGACGUUUUACUUUGUGGUGGUCUCCAACUAUUAAUCGAGCCAAUGUAUACGUCGGUUUCCAAGUACAGCUUGAUUUAACUGGCAUAUUUAUGCAUGGUAAAAUCCCAACUCUAAAAAUAUCACUCAUCCAAAUAUUCCGCGCUCACUUGUGGCAAAAAAUCCACGAAUCUGUAGUCAUGGAUAUUUGUCAAGUGUUUGAUCAAGAACUAGAUGCUCUGGAGAUAGAAACUGUGCAAAAAGAAACCAUCCAUCCUCGAAAGUCUUAUAAAAUGAAUUCCAGUUGUGCAGAUAUUCUUUUGUUUGCUUCUUACAAGUGGCCUGUGUCCAGACCAAGUCUUUUGGCUGAUUCAAAAGACCUUAUGGAUGGUACCACUACCCAAAAAUUCUGGAUCGAUAUUCAGUUGAGAUGGGGUGAUUAUGACUCCCACGAUAUUGAGCGUUAUGCUAGAGCAAAGUUUCUGGACUAUACAACUGACAACAUGUCUAUUUAUCCUUCUCCAACAGGUGUCAUGAUCGCAAUUGAUCUUGCUUAUAAUUUGCAUAGUGCUUAUGGAAAUUGGUUCCCUGGUUGUAAACCACUAAUUCAACAGGCAAUGGUCAAAAUAAUGAAAGCUAAUCCCGCUCUGUAUGUGUUACGUGAACGUAUUAGGAAAGCAUUACAAUUGUACUCUAGCGAACCUACUGAGCCUUACUUAAGCUCACAGAACUACAACGAAUUGUUCUCCAAUCAAAUUAUAUGGUUUGUUGAUGAUACAAAUGUAUACCGUGUUACUAUACACAAAACUUUUGAAGGCAAUCUUACGACAAAGCCUAUCAAUGGAGCGAUUUUCAUUUUCAACCCACGAACUGGACAGUUAUUCUUGAAAAUUAUCCAUACAUCUGUAUGGGCAGGACAAAAACGUUUAGGUCAGUUGGCAAAAUGGAAAACAGCUGAGGAAGUCGCUGCACUCAUUCGUUCACUGCCAGUUGAAGAACAACCUAAGCAAAUUAUUGUUACUCGUAAGGGCAUGUUAGAUCCUUUGGAAGUGCAUCUUCUCGACUUCCCGAAUAUUGUAAUCAAGGGUUCUGAACUGCAAUUACCUUUCCAAGCGUGCUUGAAAGUUGAAAAGUUCGGUGAUCUCAUAUUGAAGGCAUCAGAACCACAGAUGGUCCUAUUUAAUCUCUAUGAUGAUUGGCUUAAAUCUAUCAGCUCCUAUACGGCAUUUUCUCGCUUGAUUUUGAUUUUGCGAGCUUUACAUGUCAAUAAUGAUAAAGCAAAGAUUGUACUCAAGCCUGAUAAAACAACAAUCACUGAACCUCAUCACAUCUGGCCGUCACUUAGCUCUGAUGAUUGGAUUAAAGUAGAGUAUCAAUUGAAGGAUCUUAUUUUAGCAGACUAUGGAAAGAAAAACAAUGUUAAUGUCGCCUCACUGACCCAAUCAGAAAUACGUGAUAUUAUCUUGGGUAUGGAAAUUUCCGCCCCAUCACAACAACGUCAACAAAUAGCUGAAAUUGAAAAACAAGCUAAAGAACAAUCUCAACUAACAGCAACCACAACAAGAACUGUAAACAAACACGGGGAUGAAAUUAUUUCAACGACAACAUCAAACUAUGAAACUCUUCAUUUCAGUAGUAAAACAGAAUGGCGUGUUCGUGCAAUUUCCGCAACCAAUUUGUACCUUCGAACUAACAAUAUAUAUGUCAGCUCAGAUGAUAUUAAGGAAAACGGAUACACAUAUAUCUUACCCAAAAAUAUUUUGAAGAAAUUCAUAACCAUAUCCGAUCUACGUACACAGAUCGCUGGUUAUUUAUACGGUAUUUCACCGGCAGACAAUUCUCAAAUAAAAGAAAUCCGUUGUAUUGUAAUGCCGCCACAAUGGGGUACUCAUCAGACUGUUCAUUUGCCUAAUGGACUUCCACAAGACGAGUACCUGAAGGAAUUGGAACCGCUGGGCUGGAUUCAUACUCAACCGAACGAACUGCCACAGCUUUCACCUCAGGAUAUCACCACUCAUGCUAAGAUCUUUUCCGACCAAGAUGGAGAGAAAACCAUCGUCAUAACUUGUAGUUUUACUCCUGGUUCAGUUUCACUCUGUGCACAUAAACUUACACCUGGUGGUUAUGAAUGGGGUCGCCAGAAUACUGAUAAAGGCAAUAAUCCAAAAGGUUACUUACCAAGUCACUAUGAACGAGUACAAAUGUUACUAUCAGACAGAUUUCUGGGAUUCUUUAUGGUACCGCCACAGACUUCUUGGAAUUAUAACUUCAUGGGUGUACGCCACGAUCCUAAUAUGAAAUAUGAGCUACAACCCCUCAAACCGAAAAAGUUUUAUCAUCGCAUUCAUAGACCUUCACACUUUUUAAACUUUACUUCCAUUGAAGAAAACGAAUUAUCUUCAACCGACCGAGAUAACCCGUUGGCAUAGUUGGAUUUUAUUGUCAUAUUUUUCAGUUCACUUCCUUUCUACUUUGUACAUUAAUCAUUGCAAUUCCUCCCACCUUACUUCAUAUAUUCAACUAACCCGUUUGUAUUUU